UGCCAAAAAAGUGACUUUUCAUGAAUUCCCCAAAAUUUAGUAACUAAUCGCUCAAAUUAAUACCCAGACCGCUUGCCAAUCUUUGGUUAGCCUGCAAUGUCUCGUCGAGCAGCUUUGUCGGUGUCUUCGGGGGCCUCCAGCGCCACCCCCACGGCACGCGAGCUAGCAACUGCAAUACUAAAGCAAACUACGUCGAAAGAGUCUCUGGAUGCCAUCGCAACGCUUUACAGUCAGUUUCUGGGCGAAUCGAGCGAUGACGAGAGAACGCUGAAGUGUCUCCGAGAGUUAGACAACAUGCGUUUCCUGGAGGACGCUCUGUGGCCGUUGGGGGACGUAGUGUCCACCGUACGCGACUGCGUAAAGAAGGCCUGGCUGGUCUCCGUGCUGCUGCUCGUGUGUUUCCGCUCACGCGAGGGAGACACAGUGUCGUCAGGGGUCAGCUCCAGUGGUGUGUGGAUAUUUCUUAAGGAAGAGGACGCAACCUGGAAGACAUUUACGUCGACAUUGUGGACGACAUUGGCGGACGCUGAAGCCGGGGACGACGACGCCAAGUGGACGCUCAAGGAGGAAACUGCACUAACCCAGUUUCUCAUCACGUGCUUCCAGAACCUCGACGUACCGCAGGUUGCUGCCUCCCUGCUGCAGAUGACGUCGCUGCCGCUCUGGACGGCGCUGUCGCCGACUCAGCGCGCGCUCGAAUUCCAGACGUAUCCUAAACUGGAGCGCCACUGGAACCGUAUGAUGGCAGAGGAUUCUUCUACCAAGACAGAGGACAAGAAGACGCCAAAAAAGAACAAGCGUCGUAAACUUGAGGCGACAACGGAGACUCCGCGUCACGAACAAACUGCUCUGGUGCACCGACUAGACGCGUUUUUCCAGGUGCUGAAGGCCCCGGUUGACGAUGCCGUUCCAAAGCAGGAGCUAGUGCUACGCCUGCGCUUCGUUGCCGUGUUUCUGGCCUUGUUGAUUGACCUCUUGAGCCAGCUGCCCACACGUCGCUUUCUGCUGACAGUAUUGAGGCGUCGUCAUGUGCGCACAGUGCUGGAGAACAGUGCAUUAGUGCAGCACGCGCUGCAGUGGCAGAAUCUCAAUGAUAGACAAGCCCUCAGCAAGCAGUUGGCGCUAUUAGACGCCUGCAUGAGGUUUCCCAUCGAUGCUCAAACGGGUGCGUCGCUGUCUCCGCGGGAGCAUCGAGAGCAGCAGGCACAGCACAUCCAGGCAUUGCAGCAGUGUGCGUUUGCGUCAUUCAGGAACUCAAGAGUGGAGGAAUUGGCCAUCGCUCCGUGCAGUCAUAUUGCGGAUGCUUCCAGCUUCACCGAGAUGCUGAGCGCAAUAGCAGCUGCUGAUCGCUCGCGACUGUCAGCGUUGGCUAUCGCUGUUGGUGUACUGGCGGGUCAGGCUGAAGCUGACUUAAGCUCCGACGCUGAGUUGAUUGAAUUCUUCAAGGAAGAAUACUCGGCUGAUAGCAACAGCGAAAACGACGCUCUUUCUUCGAACGUGCCAGUGUUCCCUACGGAAUUGGACAUUUGGAAUGAAAUGCUGGACCGCAAGGACAAGGCAACACAGAAUGGCGACGAGUCUAUGGACGAACCGGAUCAAGCAUUGAAGGAGAUUUACAACGCUGAUGAUACCAACCUGUUCCGUGUACUACCCGUGCGUAAAUUGGGUCUGCAGUUUUUGAGCCUGGCAGAUUAUCUUCAGCGCAACUACGAGUUGGUUCGACUGGAGGCUGCGCAAGAUAUUCGCAGGGAUCUUGAGAGUACUAUCGAGCAACUUGACGCAGUGCGUACCCUGCGCUCGUCAAGUGACAACGACACAGUUUUCCGAGGGUUUUCUCGUUCUGCUGUACCCCUGGCUAGUCCACUGCAGAUUGUGAAAGUGAGUAAACCAGCGCUUGGCCAAACCGCCCCAGCAUCCGUUGUUGCGCAGUUUGAGGUGGAACUCUCUAGUCGCCACGAUCGCAAGCAGUUUGAUUGCUACCAGACGAAGGAGGUGGUGUUUCUUGUGACAGUAAGAGCAACGGCUGAUGAAGGUGCUGAAAUGAUGGGCUUCCAGCAACAGACAAAGCAGAUGGGGUCAUUUCCUGAAAACUUUGGUGUGCAGUAUGUGCGUGCAGGCGAGGUCUUGGAGGUCACGGACGCUGCGGGCAAUGUAGUAAACGAUGAAAACGCUGUGGGCAAAGGCACCAAACGCGUCUUCAAGAUUGCGUUGGAUGGCGUGCAAUACAAGAACGAUCUGGAAGGUGGCCAUUUAGAGGCAUACGAGCAGGUGAAUCUAUUAGUUCGACGGAAGCCGCGUGAGAACAACUUCAAGGCUGUGCUGGAUACAGUUGCCGGUGCGUGGCUUAACGCCAACAAGGAAGAGCUUCUGCCAACGUGGCUUCACGACCUCUUCUUGGGAUACGGCGAUCCGGCGGCUGCGAUGUACAAGUCAAUCUACAAGACAAGGGCUGAUAAACAGCUAGCGAUACCGAUGGGUGAACUACUACUGGAUGGAGAGCACGCGCUUGAAGCUGGUGGCGCUGAAAAGCUUGUGAAUGCCGAUGAUGAAACACAGGAGCUUGAUGCGAAGGUCGCGAUUGCUCCGUUUACUUACGUCGAGAGCGUGCGCAACGGCACGAGUGUUAUUCGGGCGUACCACAAGAAGGAUGCCUCGGCUGCAUCUCCAAGUGUUUCUUCCCCAAUCCGCUACACAAAGGCACAAGUGGCAGCCGUCCGAACGGGACAGUGUGAAGGUCUCACAUUGGUCGUGGGUCCGCCAGGCACGGGUAAGACGGAUGUGGCCGUGCAGCUCGCGUUGAACCUGUACCGCACCACCCCAGCUCGCGAGAAGAUACUUAUUGUUGCUCACUCGAACCAAGCACUGAACGAUUUUUUUGCCAAGAUUCUGGCCCAAAAUGUUAUUCACGAGGCCGAAAUCGUUCGAAUGGGUCAGCCACAACUUGCGAAUGAUGAUGGUGCAGGCGGGAAGGAAAAUGAGGGCGCUUUCCAUGCAGAUUUCAGUCGUAAUGGUCGUGUGGCAUUCCUGUUAACGCGGAGGGCGGUACUGCUGGAUGAAGUGGAGCAAAUGGCUCAGUGGCUGAUCAAGCGUGAUGCUACGCAAUACGCCGGUCUUGCUGGUGGUUCGGCGUCGUAUUCUUGCGAGAACGCGCUCAUCUUCUACCAGUUCCACAUGAAGACGUUCCUCGACGCUGCACGAGAGGCUACAGAGUUGCCACCAAAGGAUGGCAAGGUUGCAGCACUCGUUGAGUUUUUCACAAUGCGAAAGGGAACGGCGCCCGACAAGGUCGAUGCUCUGCAUCAGUUUUCCCUGGACAUCGAGUCGUAUUUCGCAGAGCUGCGGCGUCUUCAAUCUUUUGAACUCCUCCAGACUCCACGUCAACGCGGCGACAUGUAUUUGAUUCAUCAUGCUCGCAUUGUCGCUAUGACGUGCACGCACGCGGCGUUAAACCACCGCAGACUGACGGACCUCGGACUGACAUUUGGAAGUCUCAUCAUGGAGGAAGCUGCUCAGGUUAGUGAGCUGGACAGUUUGGUACCGCUCCUGUUAGCAUGCUCCAGUAAAGCCACAGCGAACGAGGGUGAGACAUCGUCGGGUCUUAAACGUGUCGUGCUCAUGGGAGACCCAAAACAGCUACCGCCGGUGGUGAAGUCGCUUGCGUUAAAGAGCUACGCGCACUUCGAUCAGAGUCUCUUUACACGUCUGCUACGUCUUGGUGUACCUCGCAUUGUGCUUGAUCGUCAAGGUCGUAGUCGGAGUGAGCUGGCUGACAUCUACCGGUGGCGAUAUGAUGACUUAUCGACUGGAAACAAAACUACGGUGGGCGAUUUGCCUCGUGUGAUGUCGGAGCCCGAGUACCAGACUGGCAAUGCCGGAUUCUCUAAUGUGGCACAGUUUGUGGAUCUCUCUGGGACGUCCAAGGAGCGUCAGUCCAAACCUUUCGCCUACGAGAACGAGGAAGAGGCUCGGUUUGUCGUUGCGCUGUUCCGGUACAUGCUGGGGAUUGGCUAUCGUUCUGAACAGGUGACGAUCCUUACAACCUACGACGCCCAGAAAGAGCUCCUGCAGCGGCUUCUUCGAUCCGAGGGUGCCAAGAGCUGCAAAGUGUCGACUGUAGAUCGUUUUCAAGGCCAGCAGAAUGACUUCGUACUGCUAUCCACAGUACGUAGCGGGUCUAGCGUUGGACAUCUCCGAGACGUGCGUCGUGCUUCGACAGCCUUCUCUCGGGCUCGCCUUGGACUAUAUGUGGUGGGAUGCCGUGGAACGCUGGAGCAAGCGCGGGAGCUGCAGCCGUUCCUCUCGAAGCUGAUGGCAAUAGCAGAGAAGCAGGACGGUGACAAGGCGACUAAGCUGGCACUAGUACCAACUGAACGGGUGACGGGCAGUAACGACACAGCAAAGAAAGCGAAAUCCAAGACCAAAUCCAAGGUGAAAUCCAAAGACGUUGUGUACGUCUCCGACCGCAAGCAGCUCGACAAAGUGCUGGCAGGACUGAAGGCUUAGAUAGAAUGGACACACAGUCGAAUUUUGCUGCUAAGCUAGCGCGUACAUUUUAACCGGAUAGAGUUCUUCCGGAAAGUGUCGUUGUCUCCGCUCCGCGAGCAACGUGAGUCCAGCCUGUUGGAAAAUACUCUUGUAAUACACAGCAGAGCGUGUGAUGCUGCUGUCGUCCCGGUCGAGGUCGUAGGGCUCAGAAGUCUGAAAAACGUUCUCCUUGAUCACAAUAAAGCCGUUCGGGGUGAGAGCCUUCUUGCAUCGCUUCAAGUACCGUACGAGGUCGAGAUCUGUGAGAUGCACCAGCACCCACUGCAUCCAGAUGAGGUCAUAGCUUGCAGCCGCCGGUUCAAAGUCCUGCAGCCCCAUGCAGUACAGGUCCCUCACACGAGCUCGCAGAGUCUCGUCCGCUCCAAGAUACUGCGGUACACCUCG